AUGGCAGACGACAUCGAAAUGUAUCCCAACAUAAGCAGAGGACGGAGUAUGAAUCCCCACGCCAAUGAUCUGGAGAGCCAGUAUGUGGAGCCGGCCGUCGAAGAAGGUGAAUCGCCACUAGAUAAAGCGCCCAAGACAACAAGAGCAAGUGACUCUUCGUCCAGCGGUUCAACUUGGAAUGCGGCCGAAAAAGAUGACAACGACGGACAUCGCCCAUCUCGCCGCGAACUGUCCGAAUCAAUUUCAAGAAGUCGCAGCCACAGAGGGAGUUUUCCUGCACGGACAAGAUCCGACGCCCUGGGUGCUGCAACGUCCACGAGUUUGUCGCAACCCAUCACCCGCGCCAUUUCGCGUCGCGAUACCGUUCUGAGCAAGAUUCGAACGAGGAAUAACAUCCCGCCAUUCGAUCACCCUUUGAUCCAUCAGCCUACCACUGCUGAUGUGCUGGUCGAUUUCGAUGGCAAGGACGAUCCAUACAGACCUAUGAACUGGCCCACCAAGAAGAAGAUCAUCACCACCGCGCUUUACGGUCUAUGUACCAUGUCCGCUUCUUGGGCUUCCUCAUCCUACUCAGCCGGUACCUCUCAAGUAGCUCGACACUUCCAUGUCGGCGACGAGGUAGCCACGCUCGGCACCAGUCUAUUCCUAUUUGGCUUCGGUCUAGGGCCACUACUUUGGGCGCCAUUAAGUGAAGUCUAUGGAAGGCGUCUUGCGGUACUGGCACCGAUGUUUAUAGGGGCGUGCUUCAGCUUCGGGACGGCCGUGGCAAAGGACAUUCAGACGGUCAUGAUCACGCGGUUCUUCGGGGCGUUUUUCUCCAGUGCGCCGGUUACGAACACAGGCGGCGUCUUGGGCGACCUGUAUGAUCCGAGUUGGAGAGGUAUAGCUAUGGCAGGUUACGCAAUGGCUGUUGUCGGCGGACCGUGUUUGGGGCCCAUUGUCUCGAGCGCCUUUGUUGUUAAUGCUUCCCUCGGCUGGCGCUGGACGGAGUAUUUCACCGGCAUUCUGCAACUCUCCGUUCUCCUCGUGGCGACCAUCUACAUCGACGAAUCCUAUCCGCCCAAGCUGCUCGUCUACAAAGCGCGCCGCCUCCGCCACGAAUCCGGAAACUGGGCACUGCACGCCAAAUUCGAAGAAUGGGACGUCUCCAUCGUGGAACUCGCGCGCAAAUUCUUGCUCCGCCCCGUCCAGAUCCUCAUGUCCCCAAUCUGCUUCCUCGUCGCCCUGUACGCCUCCUUCUGCUACGGUAUCCUCUACAUGCAACUCGGCGGGAUCCCCAUCAUCUUCGGCGAAGAGCGCGGCUGGAAGCCGUUAGUGGCUACCCUGCCCUUCCUCUGCGUCCUCAUCGGCGCUUUCCUAGGGUGCUCGUUAAACGUCUACAACCAGACACUCUACAACAAAGCGUACCACGCCGCCGGCAACCGCGCCGUACCCGAAAAGCGCCUCCCCCCCAUGAUGCUCGGCUCCGUCCUCUUCUCCGGCGGACAGUUCCUCAUGGGCUGGACGGCGGAUCCCUCCAUCCACUGGAUAUGUCCCUGCAUCGGGCUCGUGCUGCUCGGUACAGGCUUCUUCACUAUUUUCCAAGCCGCACUGAAUUAUCUUGUCGAUACGUUUACGCUGUAUGCUGCGAGUGCAGUAGCGGCGAAUACGUUUCUGAGGAGUUGCUUUGCGGGGGGUUUCCCGCUUGCGGUGGCGCCGUUGUAUCACAACAUUGGAAUUGGGCCUGGAGCCAGUAUCACUGGUGGGUUUGCGGCGUUGUUGAUCCCAGUGCCCUUUGUGUUCUACAUCUACGGAAAGAACAUUCGGAGGAGGAGUAAGUGGAGCAGGGCGAGUGUGUAUGAUUAG